AUGGCUUUUGCAGCUCUUCGCCAUUCGAUUCCCUCCCCCACUCGCCUGCUUCGUCCAACCAUGUCGGCCCCUUCGCAAGCGCGACUCCAAUCCCAAUGCCGCCAGGUUUCCUUCUCCUCAUACCUGGUCUCUCCUAAGGAGCUCAGUGAGGCUCUCAAGAAGAACCCUCCCACCAAAAUCUCGACUUCACCGCGUGUCGUGCCCCUGUGUGCUGCAUGGUUUAUGCCCAAUGAUCCGGAAGGUCGCAAAGGGAUCGACAUUUUCCGGAAACAUCGCAUCCCUCAGGCUCGAUUCUUUGACUUGGAUGCGGUCAAAGAUGCAGAAUCUCCGUACCCGCACAUGCUUCCUACCGCGGAGACAUUUGCCGAUGCGAUGAGCGAGCUUGGCAUCCGGCGCGACGACGAAGUGGUGGUUUACGACACCGAAGAGCUUGGAACCUUCAGCGCCCCCCGUGUCGGCUGGACCCUACGAGUAUUUGGACACCCUCGGGUUCAUCUCCUGGACAACUACCGAUUGUGGGUGCGCGAAGGGUACCCGACGGAGACUGGGGAGCCCCAGCAAGUGGAACGGACCAGCUAUCCGGUACCUAAUUACGAUUCGAAACUGGUGAUUCCGUACUUGGAGUUGAAGGAGAUUGCCAAAGAGCAUAGGAAAGAAGGUGCCAAAGAAGUCGAGAUCUUAGAUGCGCGAUCUUACGGCCGCUGGGCGGGAACGGAUCCCGAACCACGCCCGGGAUUGUCCUCAGGCCAUAUUCCUGGCUCCAAGAGCUUGCCUUUCCAAGAAUUACUGGAUCCGGAGACGAAGACUUUUCGAUCGAAGUCUGAUCUGCGCAAAAUCUUCGAAGAGAAAGAAAUUGACGACUCCAAAUCGAUCAUCAGCUCUUGCGGCACUGGUGUGACGGCUACGAUUAUUGAAACCGCCUUGGGCGAAGCAGAGUACGGAGAUCCCAACCUUCGGAGGGUGUACGAUGGAAGCUGGACUGAAUGGGCACAGCGCGUCAAGCCCGCCGACGGACUGAUCAAAAAAGUGAACUAGGCUGGUGGGUAUUAGGCAUCUUCUAUUAUUGCCUUGACCGCGAAAUCACAUCAAGAUGGCCCUUGAUCCUUGUAUGACAUAGCGUUCGUUCUUUGCUUCUAUGGAGGACUUUUGUGUUACGGUGACAGCAUGUCAAUUAUCCUAUAGAGUGUAACCCGAGUAGACAUCCUAUCGAGCUUCGCUACCGCAGUAUAGUUAUUGA